AUGGCUGGGGGGCAUCAACCAUUUCACGUUUCAAAAUCACACAAAUUACUUUCAAUUGGUUUAGGUACCCCUUUAUGGUUCUGGGUUUUCUAUAGAGCUAAACAAGAUUGGAGAACUUUCAUUGGUAUUUCAUAUCCAUGGGACCACCAUGAUCAUUAA